AUUGAUUUUUUAAUAUUCAGCUUUCUGUGCUUGGAGGUUCAUUUCCAUUCAGUUUCUUUAUGCUCUGUAAGGAGGAGCCUUCCUCUUUUGAACAGAGCACGGAAUGUUCAGACAUCCAGGACAUGCCCAGGGGAGCCCUGAGGGAGAAUCUCUGGUGGGAGGAGCUUACCAAGGGGACCCUGUUCUUCCUUCUCUCCCCUCCUGGUCUCCCUUCCUCUGAUCCCUGCCACUCUUCUCCCCAACAGAGAUCCUAAUUCCCCUCUUUCUUUCCAGCCCAAAGCCCUUUCUUGAGGCAUAUGUGAGAAGUGAAUUGACAUUUUCAAAAGACCUUUUGCUGAACAGCAGGGAAAACCAAACGAAAUUAGUAACAGAAAAGUAUUUUUUUAAGUGCAUGUUUCUGUUUCUAAAACUAUGAAUUUUCCUGAGCCACUAACCCUUUGCCCUAAGAUGGUUACCCUUUAGCACUUAAUAGAUGUGAACAACCUCCCAGCCCUUUGCCUGGCCUAUAGGUGCCUUCUUAUUUUCCCAGCCCCUGGGAUCUUGUUUGUUUGCCACCCAUUCCUUUUUGAAGUGCAAACCUUUUUCUCUAGAUAGGGUCCUCACAAUCAAUUCUAGUUUCCAGUCUGCAGUAUAGUGAUGGUUUUAAUAUAAGUCCACAAAUUCUCCUCCAUUUAAUAGGUGGAGACUAAUUCUCUUCCCUUUGAGUGUGGGCUGUGCUCGAUGACUCACUUCUAAUUACUAGAAAGUUGAGGAAGUGAUGGUGUUAGAUCUUGGAGACUAGGUCAUAAAAGGCACCGUGGUUUCCAUUUUGCUGUCCUUUGGAUUACUAGUUCUGGGGGAAGCCAGCUGCCACGUCGUGAGGAUGUUGAAUCCUGUGGAGAGGCCCACAUGGCAAGGAAAUGUGGCUUCCUGCCAACAGCCAUGUGAGCGAGCCACUGUGGAAAUAGAUCUUCCAGCCCCACUCAAGCCUUCAGAUGAGCACAGCCCCAUGUGGCAUCUUGACUGCAAACUCUUGAGAGAUCUGGAGCCAGAACAAGCAAAGCUGAGCCACCCAGCUAAGCUGCUCCUGAAUUCCUGACCCACAGAAUCUGUGACAUAAUAAAUGUUUGUUGUUUUAGACCACUAAGUUUUGGGAGUAACUUGUUAUGUAGCAACAUAUAAUCAAUAUAGGUCUGCACCUAAUUUUUGAGUGCUAUUUGGGGCAAUGAUUGUUAUAUACUAAUUUUCCCAUCUUUACUUUCAGUUUGUUCUCAUGUUUAGGAACUUACCAGCUAGGUAAAUUAUUUAAGCUAAGCUUCCGUUUCUUUCUUUCUAAGAUGAGGAUAAUAAUAGAUUCUACCUCAAUGAGUUGUUGUGGGUACCUGGUUCGUAGUAGGGCACUCAAUGAAUGGGGAGCUGCUAGUAUUUUUAGUAUAUUCUCAGCUAAUAGAAUUCUUGGUUCCUCUCACUUUUUAACAACCCAUUCUUUUCUCUUAUUGCUACAAACUUCUCACUUCCUUGAGAAACCUGGUCAAGAACUUCCUGUAAUAUGUGGACAUGGGUCUCUUUUUGUCCUUACCGUGUUGUACUAUGACUGAUUGUGUAUGGAUCUCCCCGAUCGACAAUAAGCUUCGUGAGGAUAGGGAGGAACCUACUGUCUUUGUUUCCAUAGUGCCUAAGACCAAAUAAGUGAAUGGAUAAGUUACACAGCAUCCUCUGCUGUAUUUGCACAUAAGUUAUUAUUGGCACUUAAUGUCAUUAAAAUGAGUAACUCCCGUCUCCAGCCAAAGAGGGUACCUAUUAAAAAACAAAAGUCAACUGAAGAGUCUGUUGUUCCUUUUGCUCUCUGCCUUUCCAGCCCAAGAAACCUAUGAUUUUAUUGCUGAUUUGUUGUGGGUAGAUAAUUGCUCCAUAUUUUUUGGUCCAUAAUUUUUUAGCCUAUAGGGGCCAUGUGGAAGUCAGGGAAAAUGUUGCUGUGAGAACUUCUUCACAAUAACUGAAAUAUAGUUGAUUAUUUGAGGCAUUCUACAUUUGAAACUAUAAUUCCAAUUAUUUACGCACAAAUUUUCAUAGAGAGGACAUUAAACAUUUUUCUCUAAUGUUAGAAGGCAGUGUAGAUCAGGGAAAGUGAACAGGAUUGUUUCUGACCUCAGUCCAAAUCCGGAUUCCAGAAUUAACAAGCUAUGUAGCUGCCCAGCUGUGGCCCCAGCUGUUUUUCGCCGAGUGUCGGUGUGUUCGACAGUGAACAACGUCAGAGAAUACUACUUACCCCACCCUACCCCUAGCCAGGCUUCCAUGAAUCUUCCCAUCCUAUAUUCCCUUUCUCUGGUGUCUGCUGAUCUAUUAGACACUUAGUAGGUAUUUACCAUAUACCAAACAAUGCUGGGCACAGGGGCUCUACCUAUAAACAAGACCUCGACUCUACCCCUUAGGACUUCCUGACUGAUAAGUUGGGGUCUGCAUGCGGUGUGAAUGGGUACCAGGCAGCUCUCCAGCAUGGCAUUAUUGGGUUAAAUUUCUCUUAGCACAAAUUCUGGGUCACAUUCAGCCCCUGGUGAUUGCAUCUUUCCAGUUGGUAGGUUUGUGGGCUGUGGAGCACUGCAGUGUGUGUUUACUUUCAGUCUUGCUCUGCUGAGGGAAAUCUGAGACUUCUUAUUCUGCUGUUAAAAUGUUAAUUAGUUAUACCUGAGACUGUAAACAUCCUGUAAGCCAAAAUUAUCCACUUUAAUAUUUUUUCUGCUGAAGCCAAAUGGGAGGGAAGCCAGAUCUGGUGGAAUGUGAGCCUGAUGCUCCAGAACCAAAGGCAAAGGGAUGCUCAGCAGAAUUUAACCAGGGAGGAGGGACUGUCCCCAUGGUAAACACAAAACCAGUCAGGAGGGUCCUAGAAGCUGCAAAAAGACAACUUGUUCCUGUGGCCCAGUGUCUUUUCUGGUAGUUCUUGACAAAAUGUGUCUAUCCAAAGCAUCCCAUCCCGUCCUGUCCCGUCCCAGCCCAGUGCCUGCUGCAAAUCAGAAGUAGUGCAGACACAAGAGACGAGGUUCUUAUUCCCAAGAACUCUGUGAUCUAAUAGAGAUGGAUAAUUGACAGUUACAACAUGGUAGUAGAGAUUUUAAAAAAGCAUUAGCAUCCAGUGUUGGUAAAGAAAAAAGGAGAGGAAUAUUCUUAAAACUGAUGCUGAGAGAAUUAAUUGAUGCAGUUGUUCUGAAGAGCGAUUUGGUAAUACUGAAAUGCUCUAAUUUGUAUUUCCAUUUGUCAAACAAUCCCACUUACAGGAAUCUAUCUGGAGCACAUAAUAAUGGAAAUGUGCGUGGAUGUGUAAGAAUGUUUAUUAUUGAUUCUUAUGAUAGCCAACAAAUGAAAUGUCCAGCAAUUGAUUAUUAGUUAGUGACAACCUUGUCUGGACAUAAAUUGGAAUAUAAUGCAGUCUUGAAACAAUGUAUUUUGGAAGAAAGGUGAGUGAUCUAUGAAAUGUUAAUGCCACGUUGUUAAAUGAAAAGAGUGGGUCAUAAAACAACAAGAAUAAUGUUCCAAUUUUAUAGUAUAUUUAUAAUAAAUAUAUGCAUAAAAAACAAUGUUGACGGCUGUCUCUGAAUUACUUUAAUCUUCAAAUUCUUGUUCUUUGUGGAUUCCCAAAUUUUCUACAAUGAACAUGAAUCACCUUUGUAGGCACGAAAAGCUGUUAACACUAGUAACGGUAGUAAUAUUACUAGCUACUAGUAUAGCAACAGUUGUAAUAGAAGUGCAGCUUGGCUAAGGGCUUUGACCAAGUGCUCUGGGGCACCGAGACGAGAGUUCAGGAGCGGAGCUCAGCUGGAACGAAGCUGUUCUGUUUCUCAUGUUCCCAUGGGUACAUUGAUUCAUCAACAGAUACCUGUGUUUGCGCAUGUGAGUCAGGCAAUCAGGUUAGAGAGGUAGGCAGGAGCCAGAUUCUAUAGGGCUAUGCAGGCCAUGUUAGGGUUUUGGAUUUUAUUCUAAAUGAGAUGGGAACUUUUGGAGGAUUUUAAACUGAGGAGUGGCAUGAUCUGAUCACGUUGUCUGCUCGUAUUAUGUCAGAGGUAGAGCGUCAUGACAUGAAUACCCUAAGCCUGCCCCUCAACAUACGCCGAGGGGGCUCAGACACCAACCUCAACUUCGACGUACCAGAUGGCAUCCUGGACUUCCACAAGGUCAAACUCAGCGCGGACAGCCUGAAGCAGAAAAUCCUAAAGGUAACAGAGCAGAUAAAAAUAGAGCAGACGUCCCGUGAUGGGAACGUGGCGGAGUAUCUGAAGCUGGUCAGCAGCGCGGACAAGCAGCAGGCCAGCCGGAUCAAGCAAGUCUUUGAGAAGAAGAAUCAGAAGUCAGCUCACUCGAUCGCCCAGCUGCAGAAGAAAUUAGAACAGUAUCAUAGAAAGCUCAAGGAGAUCGAACAGAACGGAGCCUCCAAAAGCUCAAAAGACUUUUCCAAAGACCACCUGAAGGACAUCCAGCACUCUCUGAAAGAUGCCCAAGCCAAGUCUCGAACGGCGCCCGGCAACAUGGAGAGCAGUAAAUCGGGCAUGCCAGGGGUGUCCCUCACUCCUCCCGUGUUCGUCUUCAGUAAGUCCAGGGAGUUUGCCAACCUGAUCCGGAAUAAGUUUGGCAGCGCCGACAACAUCGCUCACUUAAAGAAUUCCUUAGAGGAGUUUAGGCCCGAGGCGAGUGCCAGGGUCUACGGGGGCAGCGCGACCAUUGUGAACAAGCCCAAGUAUGGCAGUGACGACGAGUGUUCAAGUGGCACGUCGGGUUCCGCCGACAGCAAUGGGAACCAGUCGUUUGGGGCUGGUGGAGCCGGCACGCUGGACAGCCAGGGGAAGCUCACCAUGAUCCUGGAGGAGCUGCGGGAGAUCAAGGACACCCAGGCACAGCUGGCUGAGGACAUCGAGGCGCUGAAGGUGCAGUUUAAGAGAGAAUAUGGUUUUAUUUCUCAGACCCUGCAAGAGGAGAGAUACAGGUACGAGCGAUUGGAAGACCAGCUCCAUGACAUGACGGACCUGCAUCAGCACGAGACGGCCAACCUGAAACAGGAGCUGGCCAGCAUCGAGGAGAAGGUAGCCUACCAGGCGUACGAGCGCUCGCGGGACAUCCAGGAAGCCUUGGAGUCCUGCCAGACUCGCAUCUCGAAGCUGGAGCUGCACCAGCAGGAGCAGCAGGUGCUGCAGACGGACACCGUGAAUGCCAAAGUUCUCCUGGGCAAGUGCAUCAACGUGGUCCUGGCCUUCAUGACUGUGAUCUUGGUGUGCGUGUCUACCAUCGCCAAGUUCGUCUCGCCCAUGAUGAAGAGCCGCUUCCACAUUGUCGGCACCUUCUUUGCUGUGACUCUUCUUGCAAUAUUUUGUAAAAACUGGGACCAUAUUCUGUGUGCCAUAGAAAGGAUAAUAAUACCAAGAUGAGGCUCACUGCCUGCUGUCCUCCAGUUCUUUCAAGUUGUUAUUUUAAAGAAAACUCUGUGCAUUCUCCCAAACUUUAAAAAGAGGUGGUGCCGACGGAAGAUUACGAGGAGGACUGGGCUGUGCGUUGUAAAUAACUCCGAGUCUCUGAACUUGGUAGCAGUUACCAGCUCAGCCUCUGCCUGGUUAACGUGACUCUGUUUCCGAGCUCUCCCCACCUUGCUCUCUGCCUUAAUCAGACCAGAUUUCCUGCCCGCCUGACUAGCCCAGCGUAGUAAACCUCUGAUUAUUGACCACCUGCAUAACUAGUGAUGCAGAAGACAAAGGGUUUUCAAUCUCUGUAGCCUCUUUCAAAAUUGAGCUUUACUGUUGCCACUGGUGCAUUUUCCCUGAGUCCUGUACGCAGCAAGGAUGUGCCACGACUUGGGGACGGGAAGGAGCACGGGCGCUGGCUGUGUUGAAUACUUGUGGCCCAUGGAAGCACAGGAAAUCUCGAGUAAUCUGUCCCCCUUGUCCACAGAUGCCCGUAGGUCCCAUAUGUAUCCAGUGUCCACAGUGGUCAAUUACGUGUGACUCUUCGUAACAUGGAAAUCUCAUCACACACCCGUUUAUCCGUCAGAAGUCUGACUUAGGUGUUCUGUUGCACUUUAGGUGGUAAGACACGAGGGUUUAUGAAUGGGGCUUUGCCUCUUUACCCCCAGGGAGCUGCACACCUGAUUUCAUUUUCACAGGCUAUCGAAUGCCCCACCUUCAAAGCAUGCAGAAAUGCUUCCAAACCCCUCCUCAAAUCGUGGUUUUAACGUUAAUUCGGGGUCCUGCGAGCACUGCUCUGGAGUUUGUGUCUCGGCAAAUCUUAAUUCUGAGAAACCGCUUUCGAGGAUGUGAUUCACUUUCUGUGAUUCACUUUAUUCACAGGGCUGCGAGGGAUUGCAAAGCUUACUCAGUAAAUGAAAACAAAUGAUGCUCGUCUUGCAGGGUUUUUUUCUCAGAGAAGGACAGCAGGCUCAUAGUUUAUUAAACUAACGUGCACUGAGAUAGGAACCCUGGAAGCAGGAAGAAGGUAUGGCAUGUGGUCUAAGUGGGUGGCAGUUAGAUCAGUGGGAACAACUCACUUGGAUGGAGAAGGUCCUCUUAGGACCCUGAAAGACCAGGGGGAAUUGAAUAAAUUAGAUCCAGUGUCUGAGUCAAGGUCGCCACAUGUCUCUUAGGAUCUUACUGAAAGUGAGUUCUAAGGUAAUAGAGUGGCCACACUUCCACUGAGGUGAGAGCAUUCAAAGUUGACAUCUUUGGCCUCUUUGGGGAUGCCAUUCGCUGUCUUUAGCCCAGAUGAUGCUUUCCUUUAAAUCUCUUUCCCUGUGUACAUAACAAAAAGGAAAACAGAGAAGAUUUUAACAGAAACUGCUAUUCAGCCCACCACCCCCUCCAUCAUAUGAAGGCGGAAAGAUACAUGUUAGUGUACAUUUUCUUCUAGGAAACAUCAGAUCACCCAGAUUAAGUGCAAUAUUUUGCAAACAGCUGCUCUUAGGGAAAUCUCCUGAAAAAAUGUGACAGUGUGCCAUGGUCUGAGAGAAUGGAACAGUCAAGCAUUUUGUACAAGUCCAGUGUGUGUGAGACUCAUACAACUCAGAGCUUUCUCUUUUUUUUUUAAGUUUACAAUUCACUGGUUUUAGUAAAUUCACUAACUUAGGCAACUAUCUAAUUCCAUAUCUAACUCAAGCUUUUUAAAAUAAUAAACAUCAUUUCUUGAAAUCUUUGGCUAUAUAGUAUUCUGGAUUCAGGGAAGAGGGAGUUACUGGUCCCACCCCCAUCUCGUGGCUGUGUCAGACUCUCCCUGCGUCCCCCAAGUUCGCUGUCAAUACACUGUGAUACAUCAAAUCCAGGGGACAGAAAAGGGUUCCAGGCUCAGGGCAGGAAGGGAGGAAGAAUGGUAUGCUUCCUUUUGCUUUUAUAUUUCAAUGGCUGGCAUCCCCCUUUAUCUGUGGGCAUCAGUCUCCAUGUGGGCUGAGGGCUGGGUGCAACUUACACCCCUAAAAUAAGCGGCCUUCUGGGUGGGCUCCUUUUGAUCUCUAUGGAUCUUUCUCAGGCACUUUGGACAUGCCAGGGGUUGGGGUGGGUAUAGAUGCUGCUCUUAGUUUAGGGAGAGUGAGAUUUCUAGCCCUGGAGGUUAAGGGCUCUGGGAGGAUUCUAGAAAACUUGGGGUUCCUUCUCAGGUCUCCACACUCCGCUCGUCACUCAGCCUAGCAAGUUUGCUUUGGCGCUUUCCAGACCUGUGAACAGUGAGUCUCCUCCCCAGGGGGAGAAGUGGAGAAGACGACGGAAAGGAACACAGUCCGCCCCCUCCAGUCUAGAGCGGUUAACAGAAGCUGCUAGAAACUGGCUCUCUUCAGAAGUAUCAUGGCGUCUAAAUCAGCCCACCUGGUCAUGAAUUCUUUUUAAAGAAUUCAUAUUUCCAAUGAUUCUCAUUAAAUAUCAAAUAAUGUUGUUUUCACCUGGAUGUGCUCAGCCUGCACGGCAUAUUUAUUUUGGAGUCUUGCUGAAAGUUCCUGAAGCUUUUUAAUAAGAUUAUAUACUCCAAGGAGACUUGCACUCUCUCUCUGCAGUUUUUUAUUCUCUUCUUUGGGAAUGAACCCCCUCUACUGCUUGUUUUCUUCACUGUGUAAGGAGAUUAAAUAAAGUUUUAUAAAUAUACAAUUAAAAACAGUGAUCUAGCUAUGACGUAUCCUGGAAUUGGAUAUUUAAUUUGCACUUAAGCCAACGCCCUUUUCCCCCACCUUUCACAGGUGGUAAAUGUCUCGUGCAUGCCUAAAGAUGACACCAGCUAUUGGACACUCAGUGAACAUUCGUGAGGAAUUUAAGACGCUGGCCCUUGGGUUCUGGCACUGGGCUUUUUGGUGACAUAUUAUUUUCAUGAUCACCAAGAUAAUGAUAGUUUGCUGAGGACAAAACAAAAACCUAAAAAUACUCUCUUGUGGGUUUUGAAUCGGUUAGUCCAGCUUAUAUCUUGAGUAUGAUUAAGCCAGAACAAAACAUCCUCCCCCAAACCCCCGCAAAAAAGUCAAACUUGAAGCAGAAAACAAAAGGACUCCACUGCUGGUUUUGGACAGUGAAAGUAGGAUCAGUCCCAGGUUUCUAGCUUGUCCCAUUAGUGGUUUUGCUUACAUAGUUGUUGUAAUCUAUUGAUAAACUGAAGUCUUCUGCCGCUGCUCCCCUUUGCAUUUCAGCCCGUAAUGCUGUUAUCCCUGUCUGUCAAUUAGCAUCCAUGCGAUUCUAGCUCCUCUCCUACUUUGUCACUCUUGUUUUCGUUUGAAUAUUGCCCCACUAUGUAUGUUUAUUGCCCUGCUAUUUCUCUGGCACAUCAGGUUUAAUUAUGUUCAAUAAUAGCGAGGGGAACCAGGUUCCCUCAGGCAACUAAUUACUUUUGUCCUUUUUGUUUGGAUUUGAAAUACCGAAUUAUUUUGCAUCAAAUGGGAACGUUUUUGUAUUGAAUCCAAAUCUAAUUAUGUUGGUUGGGGAAAACAUUUAAAUAUACUUGUUAAUAUGAAUGUGUGAUUAAACAACCUAUUUUGCAUAUUUCUAUAAUUUUGAGGAACGGGGGUAGGGGUAAGACAAAAUGGCAUUAUUUAAAAUUCAGGGCUUUAUCUGGAGAGAGAGAUUGCAAGAAGUGUAGCACGUGUGCUGAGGAAGGAAUUGAUCUAAAAAGACCAAUCCCUGGGAAGAAUGAGAUUGGCCUGUUUACAUCAGAAGUAUUCAAGAAGCUAGAAGAAAAAUAGUACAGUUAAUAAGAGUUUGGUAACCCAUAAGCUGUAAAGCAGAACUAAUCUGCGAUUUUCUAAAGUCAGUACAAUUCUCUGUUUAUAAGAAGCUGGAAAGUAAUGUACCUCGAUUGUUUUGGGAACGAUUUAUGUGUUACAAUUUUAAUUUAUUUAAAGCUGUGUUUGUCCUAAGAGAAAUGUUUUAACAAAACGUGCUUUCCGACGAAGAUCUGUUUAGGCAGUAGUUAGCAGCUCUGAAAGUAGAAACUGGAAGUGUUUAUUGUGAGGUCUGUGGAGAAUUUCCAUUUUGUGGGAUCCUAUAUAGUUUUGUGUCAGCCUAAAAUUGUGAAUUCUCUGUAGAUCUUCAUCCCAUUCAAAGCAGGAGCCGUUAUUUUUUUAAACAAACACUUGAUGUUAGCUUUGAUGUUAAAUAAAGAGCUAGGUUUCUUAAAUUUUCA